UGUCCCACCAUUAAUCCCCCUUAGACUGAAAAGAAAACCUACAGGAGAUUUGCACGAUGGCGGUCUUGAGACUGAAGUUCACCAAGAACAAGCGAGACAAGCUGGCUCAGGCGCUGUGGAUCCUGAACUGGAUCUCAGUGCUGACCGGGAUCCUCCUGUUCAGCCUGGGGCUCUUCCUCAAGGUGGAGAUCAACAAGCGAGGAGAGCUGAUGGCUGAGAGGAACGUCCAGUACGUGCCCAACAUGCUGAUUUCUGUGGGCCUCAUUGCCUGUGCCAUAAACUUCCUGGGUGGGAAGAUCUGCUAUGACUGCGUGGACACCACUAAGUUCUUGCGCUGGAAGCUGAUCAUGCUGCCCUACAUAAUAUGCACCUUCUUCUUCACCUUCUGCGUGCUAGUAGGGGCUCUGAUGUGUUACAGCAUGCGUGGGGAGCUAGAGGAGUCUCUGAACCUGGGCCUGACAGAUGCCAUCAAGUUCUAUAAGGACACAGACACACCAGGACGAUGCUUCCUGAAGCGAACGGUGGACAUGCUGCAGAUAGAGUUCCACUGCUGUGGGAACAAUGGCUAUAAAGACUGGUUUCAAAUACAGUGGAUCAGCAACCGUUACCUGGAUAUGUCCCAAAAAGAGGUGGUGGACCGAUUACGGAGUAACGUAGAGGGGAAGUACCUGAUGACCGGAGUCCCCUUCAGCUGCUGUAACAUCGACUCCCCUCGGCCCUGCAUCCAGCAGCAGAUCACCAACAACUCCGCUCACUUCAAGUACGAGCACCAGACGGAGGCGCUGAACCUGUGGAUGAAAGGGUGUCGCCAGGCGCUGCUGGAGUACUACACCGACAUCAUGCAGUCCAUCGGCCUCACAGUCCUCAUCAUCUGGUUGUUUGAGCUGUCGGUGUUGACAGGCGUUCGUUACCUCCAGACCUCUCUGGAGAAUGUGCUGAGACAGGGCGACCUCAACUCAGCGUCUGAUGGCUGGCUGCUGGAAAACAGCUUUAUGGAAACUGCCCGCACCAACCUGAACAUCAUCAAGUGCCUCGGCAAGGGCAACCAGAUAGACACAGCCAACAAUGGAGACCCCAACAUUAACGUUCCCUCCACCUCUGAAGCGCACUACGGGCCGGACAAUAGGCCACAGAAGGAGAUACCUGAAGCCAGUUGACCUCUGCCUCCCUGAAAGCCCAAGUAAGGACCUUUAAAAAAAACCUUUUGUUCUUACUUGUCAAGAAUAACAAAUACCUAUACACAGGUGUUUGUGUGUGGGGAAACUAAGGUAUAUUGUGGAUAACACAUUUUCUAGUAUGAUGGGGUAAAUCUUUUGCAAAAUGAAGAUAAUGCCUUGUUGACUUUUUACAACCAUUGUCGAAUUACAUGUUUUCCAUACACGUUCCUGUUUUGAUGAUGCAAAUAUCCAAACAUCCACCACAAAUGUACAUCAUUUGUACGUCUGUACUGUA